AUUUGGGAGCUUCUUUCCACAUGAUCUAUUCCCUAAAUAUAUAAAAUAUUUAAAUAUAAAAAUUUAAACUAGUCAAAAUCAAUACUAAAUAAUUUCACUCUCAAAACCUAGUUCAUUCUCGUCGCCGGUCUCCUCUGUGCCUCUGCCAUUUGCGCAACUUCCUCUGCCGGUCUCCUCUCGCCGUUGCCGCCCGCCAUCUCUAGCCUCGCCGUUGGCCGUCCACGGCGUCCGCCCAUCUCUGCUACGUCGAAUCUUCGUCGCCACUCGCCGUCCUGGGCCAUCUCUGCUCCGCCUAUCUCUUCUUCGUCUCCACAAAUAUACUUAACAAUUAAUUGCGUUUUUGGGAUGUCCAAAAAACAACAACAUACUGGAGAGCACUGAGCUAGGGGUUAUCUAGGGCUUUUUCCGAUUGCCAAAGCCGAAAAUGGCGUCAGGAAUGGCAGCAAUAUGCAGGGCACGAGUAUCUGGUCUUACGUCCUCUCUCAAGGUGCUAACUUCUCUUCAUUUCUCCCCUUAUUUUCGGCUUUCAUUCAGAGCGUUCUCCACCACAUCUCCGGCUGUUGCCAACGAGCCUUUCCCUCGCCCUCAAUAUCAGGGCCAUCCAGAUUACAAGUAUUCCAACUCAGGACAUAAUAAUAAUCAAAUGGUAAAGGGCCCUAGUCCUCAAAAUCAAGGCUUUGCUCAGCAUCCGAAUUCUGGGAAUGUGAACCAAUUUAUUAAUCAUAACCAAGGUUACCCUAAUCCGGGUUCUCACCGAGGAGGAUAUGUGAGUUCUCCGCAAGAGGGUUAUCGGAAUCAGGGAUAUGCUAAUCAGGGUUAUACCCAAGGAGGAUAUCAGGAUCAGGGAUAUGCUCAUCAGAGUUCUCCCCGAGGAGAAUAUCAGAAUAUGGGAUAUUCUAAUCAGAGUUUUCCUCAAGGAGGCUAUCAAUAUCAGGGAACUACAAAUAGUCUGUCCCAGAACCAAGGGAAUUUACUGAAUGAUCAAUCCUCUGGUGAUAAUAUCUUGUCUACUGCUGAUUUACUGCCCUUGUGCCAACAAGGUAAGGUGAAGGAUGCUAUUGAAUUUAUGGAAAAGGGGGUUGUUGCAGACAUGCAAUGUUUCCAUUUGCUUUUUGGGUCAUGUGGGAAGUCGAGGAAACUUGAGGAUGCAAAAAUGGUGCAUGAUUACUUUUUGAGAUCAAAAUGUAGGAGUGAUCUUGAGUUGAAUAAUAAGGUCAUUGACAUGUAUUCAAACUGUUGGAGCAUGAUGGAUGUGCGGAGAGUUUUUGAUCACAUGCCUGAGAGGAAUAUAGAUACUUGGCAUUUGAUGAUCAAUGGAUAUGCAUUGAAUGGAUUGGGUGAUGAUGGGUUGUCAUUGUUUGAACAAAUGAGGACGCAGGGGAUACAGCCCAAUGGUCAAACUUUUCUGGCUGUUUUUGAGGCAUGUGCUAGUGCUGAUGCAAUAGAUGAGGCAUUCAUACAUUUUGCGUCCAUGAAGACUGAUUAUGGAAUUGCACCUCAGAUUGAAUAUUAUUUGGGGCUGUUAGGUGUUCUUGCAAAAUGUGGGCAUCUUAGAGAGGCUGAGGAAUUCAUUGAAAAACUUCCUUUUGAGCCCACAGUUGCUGUCUGGGAGGCACUGAUGAAUUUUGCUCGCAUUCAUGGAGAUAUUGACCUUGAAGACCGUGCUGAGCAAUUAUGGAGGGCUAGUCAGGUACCUCUUGAGGAUAAUGUGCCUAGUAAGAUUACUCCACCUCCUCCAAAGAAGCAGCCAGUCAAUAUGCUAGAGGGAAAAAGUAGGCUAGCUGAGUUUCGUAGUCCUACUCUAUACAAGGAUGAAGAGAAGAUGAGGGCUGCAAUGAAAGAGCAGGCCUAUGUGCCUGAUACCAGAUAUGUUCUUCAUGAUAUUGAUCAAGAGGCGAAGGAGCAGGCCUUGCUAUAUCAUAGCGAGCGCUUAGCCAUUGCAUAUGGUCUCAUUAGUACCCCAGCUAGAACACCUUUGCGUAUAAUCAAGAACUUACGUGUCUGUGGUGAUUGCCAUAAUGCCAUCAAGAUCAUGUCCAGAAUUGUUGGGAGAGAGUUGAUUGUUAGGGAUAACAAGCGUUUCCAUCAUUUCAAGGAUGGAAAAUGCUCUUGUGGAGACUAUUGGUAGUUACAACAACUGGAACUCGUGAUUAGUAGAAACACCUUCAAGGGCUCAAUGCCCAACAGGAACCAUUACUGUUGAAAGCAUCACGAUCAUGUCAAAUGUUAGUUGUUAGGAAGGGAUUUAUAUUUUAGAAGUUGGGGCAUGUCUUAUACUAGUAUGCUAUGUAAUAUUUUUUUCUAUUCACUUUCAGUAAUGGCAACUUGCAUCUAGUACUCAAAAUGUUGUUAUGAAGGGAUUUAUAUUUUAGAAAUAAUGCAGGCUGGGGAAGCCACAGUUUUGUGUGCCUUUACUGGAUUCUAAGCGAAUAUGCGAUUGUAUUGGUAUUUUAAAUAUUGGUUUAGGUACAGAAUUAGCAAAAUCUAAGACAAGAUGAUUGGAGCUGCAGCAGGGGAUAGAGGCUCAACAACCACUAAAACACCAGCUGAUUUUCUAAAAUCUAUUCGUGGACGUCCUGUGGUCGUCAAAUUGAACUCAGGUGUUGAUUAUCGAGGCAUUUUAGCGUGUAUAGAUGGAUACAUGAAUAUUGCAAUGGAGCAAACAGAAGAGUAUGUUGAGGGGGCUUAGUACUCGAUGGGCUGGCUUACAUGUUUUUUAUGGUGUUACAUCUCAUCUGCCAGCUCUUUGUCAAGAAUUUCAAUCUGGAUUAGGCCAAUUAAUGUUUUCAAAUUCAGUAAAUAUGAAUUGUGUUUU